AUGUCUUUCCAGACCAAUCUUUUCAUCAAUAACGAGUACGUCCCGUCGUCUUCUGGUGAGACAUUGACAAUCUACAGCCCAAAUGAUGACACAGUCGUCACCGACAAGGUGCAAGUUGCGUCGGAAGCCGACGUCGACCGUGCUGUCGCUGCGGCCAAGAAAGCGUUUCCAAGCUGGUCAUCCACACCAGGCGUGCAACGGGCCAAACUGAUGCUGAAGUUUGCCGACCUGCUCGAAGCGAAUGCCGAGAAAUUGGGAAAACUCGAAAGCAUAUGCAUGGGUCAACCAGUCACCCUGGCGAAGGGCUUCGUUGCCGGAGCAUGUGCCACCUGGCGGUACUAUGCAGGGCUGGCUGGCAAGAUAGCUGGCGAGUCUUAUCCCCCUGAAGGCGAUGGGUCGUACAAAAUCGUCGCCUACGAACCAUUGGGUGUCUGCGCAGGUAUCUCUGCGUGGAAUGGCACCCAUGUCCUUGCAGCAUGGAAGAUGGCUCCCGCCCUUGCAGCUGGAAACACGUUCCUGUUCAAGUCUUCAGAGAAGUCACCCCUUGGUGCUGCCGCGUACGGCGAAUUGAUCAAAGAAGCCGGGUUCCCGCCGGGAGUGAUCAAUAUCGUCACCGGCGCCGCUCCUGUCGGUGCCGUGAUGGCAUCACACAUGGAUAUCGCAAAGAUUGCUUUCACGGGAUCCGCUGCCGGUGGCAGAGCCGUGCAGAUUGCGGCCGCCAAAUCCAACAUGAAGCAUGUGUCGCUUGAACUAGGAGGAAAGUCACCUGCUUUGAUAUUCGACGACGCCAAUCUCGACAACGCCGUGGCACACAACGCCACCGGCUUCCUGCGAAACUCAGGCCAGGUGUGCUUUGCCUCAUCGAGGGUGCUGGUACAGGAAGGGAUCGCGCCCAAGUUCAUCGAGGCCGUCAAGAAGGCCUUUGACGACGCGGCGAAGAAAAUGGGCAAUCCGGCACUGGCCGACACGGCGUUCGGGCCCCUGGCAGACAAGAAGCAAUUCGAAAGAGUCAUGGGUUUUCUUGUUGAUGGCAAAAAGGACGGCAUCGAGGUGUUGACCGGUGGCGGCCGGCUGGGCGACAAAGGCACGUUUGUCCAGCCCACGGUACUUUUGAAUCCUGACGUCAAGAGCCGUGUGUUUACGGAUGAAAUCUUUGGUCCUGUGAUUGCCGUCCGAACGUUCAAGACGGAGGAAGAAGCCAUUGCUCUCGCCAAUGACACCACGUAUGGUCUCGGAUCAUCCGUCUUCACUUCCGACAUCCCUCGCGCACUCCGCGUCGCGUCCAAGAUCGAAGCGGGCAACGUCGGCAUCAACCAGGCCUACAAGACGUCUCCACAGACCCCCUUCGGCGGCGUCAAGCAGAGCGGGUACGGCCGCGAAGGCGGAUACGAGGGGUUGAGAGGAUACCUGCACUCCAAGACCAUUACCAUCAAUAUGGAAGUGUCGCCGUAG